AUGUCGGUCACGCUACACACCAACCUGGGCGACAUCAAGCUUGAGCUGUUCUGCCAGGCGUGUCCGAAGACGACGUAUAACUUUCUUGCGUUGUGCGCCAGCGGAGGAUAUGAUGGGUCGCCUUUUCACCGCUUGAUCCCAAACUUCAUGGUGCAAGGAGGAAGCCCUGCAUCAGGCAGCACGAAAGAGUCAAAAUCUGUGUAUGGAGAACUGUUCGAAGAUGAGAUCAAGCCAUCUCUCAAGCACCAUGCACGAGGCAUCGUGAGCAGUGCAAACAAGGGGCCCGGGACGAAUGGCAGUCAGUUCUUCAUUACGCUCGCUGCAGCGCCACAUCUGGACGGCAAGAACACCGCGUUCGGCAGGGUGCUGGAGGGCUGGGAUGUGCUGGAUAAGAUGGAGGAGAUCACGGUGGACAAGAAGAACAGACCCCAGGAGGCUAUCAAGAUCGAGACAGUACAGAUACACGCAAAUCCCCUGGCAGAUGAGCGAUGA